AUGUCGUCCUCCUCAAGCUCGAGAUCUGGAUCUCGACCUCCCCCCACAACCAGCACCAGCACCACCGCAACCACCCCCUCCUCUCUCCAACAAUCCGCCGCCUCCUACUUCUCCUACCCAGUCACCCACGUCGUCUCCGGCCUUUAUCGCCGCCUCACCGACCCCUCCACCAACACCACCAACAACAUGCGUCGCAAAACCACCACCACCGACACCACCACCAACAACAACCCAGUCUUCACCCCCAUCCGCACCGCCUCCCCCUUCCAACCCCCUCCUCUUACCCCCCUCACCCUCUCCGACCCCUCCACCCUGCUCACACGCUCCCUCGCCGAAGAAAUCCGCCUCCUGGUGCCCCCGCGCCUCCAGCUCUGCAACACCUGGCACCUAGCCUACAGUCUGGACCGCGACGGCGCCUCCCUUUCCACCCUAUACGACAACUGCCGCGAUAUCGCAUCUACCCGCAGCCCCCGCGCCGGCUACAUCCUCGUCAUCCGCGACGCCUCGCCAUCGUCGAACGCCGUCUUCGGCGCCUACAUGACUGAUCCUCCGCACCCGGACUCGCAUUACUAUGGUACCGGGGAGUGUUUCCUCUGGAGGGCGAGCGUGUUGCCGCCUGCCACCGCUAUGCUCAGCAAUUUCAGUAACGCGAAUGGGGACAAUGGUGGUGAGGAAGGGGUAGAGGCUGAUAUCCGCUUCAAGGCGUUUCCGUAUAGUGGGGUUAAUGAUUAUAUGAUGUUUUGUGAGACUGGGUUUUUGAGUUUGGGUGGAGGUGAUGGACACUACGGCCUAUGGGUCGACUCGAGUCUCGAAAAAGGCGUCAGUGCGUCGUGCCAGACUUUUGGCAAUGAGCCGCUCUCGGACGAGGGCGUCAAGUUCGAUAUCAUUGGUGUGGAGGUGUGCUACUAG